UCGUUGCCCGCUGUUUUCGAGUAUUCCCCGCAAUUGGACUUAUAAAAAAAUAAACAAAUUUGAUAAAUGCAGACAACCUAACAACAAUCCAUAUUUUCUAACUUAUGAUGAAUUUACAUAAGAUGCCGGGCUCACCAAAAAUCAUCAAGCAAAUAUAUAAACGCUUAGCUUUAAUGAUGGCCACGGCAAAAGCAUGCACAAGCAAUGGCCGAAAGUACGCCCAGGACACACAGCCCUUCACGGUGCUGAUUGAGGGAAACAUUGGCAGUGGCAAGACGACAUUUUUGAACCACUUUCAGAAAUAUGACAAGGAUGUCUGCCUGAUCACAGAACCAGUCGAGAAGUGGCGCAAUGUAAACGGUGUCAACUUGCUGGAAAAAAUGUACAAGGAUCCACACAAAUGGGCUAUGCCUUUUCAGUCAUACGUCACAUUAACGAUGCUCCAGGCGCACACGGCACCGACGGCUAAAAAAUUGAAAAUAAUAGAACGCUCUAUUUACAGUUCACGAUAUUGCUUUGUUGAGAAUAUGUUCCGCAAUGGCUCCUUGGAGCUGGGCAUGUACAACACACUGCAAGAGUGGUACAAGUUCAUCGAGGAAUCGAUACACGUGCAGUCCGAUCUGAUUAUAUAUCUUCGCACCUCGCCCGAAGUGGCGUAUGAACGUAUACGUCAGCGCGCCCGUUCCGAGGAGAGCUGCGUACCAUUGAAGUAUUUACAGGAGUUGCAUGAGCUGCACGAGGAUUGGCUCAUACACCAUAGGCGUCCACAGCAAUGCAAGGUUCUUGUGCUAAAUGCCGAUCUUAAUCUAGAAAAUAUUGGCAGUGAAUAUCAGCGUUCCGAGUCGAGCAUUUUUGAUGCAAUCUCAGGGGCGCAUCAGCAACAGCCUACUGCGGUGCUGGUAUCGCCCAGUAAACGCCAAAGAUUAUCUAGUUAACCAACUUGGCCUCGGGUCGCCGAAAUCAGACGAUCAAUAAACCCGGACAAAGUUUACAUAAGCAAACACUUUUAUAAUCUUACGAAAUUCUGCUCCUGGUUAUAUUCGCCCAGGACAUCAUGUAAAUGGCUUCAGCUAUUGUUCUUUAUAAGAUAGUAAUCGCAUUUCAUACAUCACAAAUAUUUUAAAUUUUACCAAUAUAAAUUGUAAUUUUAUUGAAAGCAGUGCUCGAUAGUGUAAUUAGAAAUUUUAUUUAUGACACCUUCAGUUCUAACAAUUUUAUUCAAUGUUAUAUCCUAUACAAAAAACCUACAUUGUAAGCUAAAAUGUUUAAUAAAAGCAAUUCUGUCUUUGCGCUUAAACAA